GGGAGGGAGAGGGGCUGGCGCGGCGUGGGUCAGCGCGCGGGGGUCCCCGUGCUCGCUGGCGCUGCAGACCGGCUCCCCUGAGGAGAAUUCCGAGCGGCCGCUCCGGGAAACGGAAACCGCCCGGUUGUUGGAGGCUUUCUUCCCGGGUGAAGGAGAAAAGCUCACCGCCUGGGGGUGGCGGGGGGCCGCGCUGGGAUCCGGAGCCCGGCACGCAGCGAGCGCUGUGUCGGCGUGUAGCUGGUUCUCGCUGACCACCGACCAGGGCUCCUGGCUAGCCCUCCUGCCGCAGCGCCAGCCCCCCGACCCCCAGAUUUAAGCACAGCUGUCUAGUGGGCCUCCCUUCAGUGUUUGCUCCCGCCUUUCCUCCUCGCAACGCGCAGUUUAUUUGCCGCAUAGCCGCCCCAAAGAGCUGUGUGGGAAGUUAGGUGGACUUGUGUCACUCCUCUGCUCAGCUCUCCCCCUCUUCUCCCCGCGAUGUCUUGUCACGGUUGCUGUCAGAUCCACACUGAUCGCCACCCUCUUCCUGCCCUGGCCUCUCUCGCCCCCACCUCCUGGCUUGCUUCCACACCCAAACCUGCCCACGCCACAGCACCUGUGCACCUGCGGUGCCUCUGCCCAGAUGCUCUUGCCCUCACCAUCGUGGCUCACACUCCAUUUGGACCUCAGCCCACUACUGCCGCCCUGCAGAGGCCUUCCCUGACUGACCUGCCACUCCGUCUCCCUUCCUUCAUAGGGAUAACUUCAGCUAUGCCUGUACUCUGUAUGGACUCGCUUCUCCCUGCUGACGUGUAAGGUGCUUGGAUUUGACGUUUUCCAACUCUGGUCUCCCAGCACCUGGUUCCCAACAGACAAUCAGUAAAUAGUUGUCCGAUGGAUGGCCAGGUAUGCAUGCACGCACAUAUGUGUCCAGCUGAGAGGUCUGGAGACUCUGGGACCACCCACAGGAGAGGACCUCAUGAUCUCUCUUGUCCCCAGCCCUGCCCUCCUGGACACUGCUCCUCUCCAAAUGUGGACCUUCAAGGGGGAGGGAAGAAUGCCUGUAGUACGAGGGAAAUUGAAAUCCAAGGCACCAGUGACAUUUGGAGACUUGGCCAUCUACUUCUCCCAGGAGGAAUGGGAAUGGCUGAGUCCCAUUCAGAAGGAUUUGUAUGAAGAAGUCAUGUUGGAGAACUACCAGAACCUGGUUUCCCUCGGUCUUUCCUUUCGGAGACCAAAUGUCAUCACCUUAUUAGAGAAAGGGAAGGCACCCUGGAUGGUGGAGCUGUUGAGAAGACACCGUGGCCCUGAUAAAGGGUCUAAGUGUGAGACCAAGAAGAUUCCUUCAAAUCAGUGCAACAAAUCUGGGCAAAGCAUCUAUCAGAAACCAGUUUCUCCACAGCAAAAAGUUCCUACAGGAAAGAGGAACUGCAACAAAAAUUUAAUCUUAAUAAAGCCCAAGAAAGAGCAUAUGGUGAAGAGAUCCUUAAAAUGUAAUGAAUGUGGGGAAACCUUUAGUCGAAGCUUAUCUCUUAAACUUCAUCAGAACUUGCAUACUGGAGAGAGGCCUUAUGAGUGCAAUACGUGUAGAAAAGCUUUCAGACGGAUCUCCUCCCUCAUUCUUCAUCAGAGAAUUCAUAAUACAAAGAAGAGCUAUGAAUGUGGUGAAUGUGGGGAAAGCUUCAAUCAGAAAGCAACCCUUAGUGUGCAUCAGAGAAUUCAUGGUGGAGGGGAGAUCAUUGACUGUGGGAAGACCUUGAGCCUGUGCCCAUCUCUAAGUAUGUAUCACAAAUUUCACAUUGUUGAGAAUGCCCACCGGUGCCAAACAUGUGGCAGAGUUUUCAGUUGUGUGUCAUCCUUUUCAGGUCAUAAGCAAAUGCACAAUAGAAGAAAAAUAGAUAAAUGCAAUAAAUGUAGGAGAGGCUUCAAGAAGAAAUCAGUCCUUGUCAGGCAUAAAGUAAUUCAUACUGAAGAGAAAACCUAUGGAAAUAAAGAGGCCUUAAGUCAGAGUCUGCAGCACAGAACUCACCAUUUAAAGAAUUCUUAUAAAUGCAGAAAAUGUGAAAAAUCCUUUAAUAGGAUUUUACCGCUUAUGCUUCAUCAAAGACUUCACACUGCAAAGAUUCUCUACUCAUGUGAUAAAUGUGAGAAGGUCUUCAGGCAGCUUUCAACCCUUAUUCUGCAUCUAAAAAUUCAUAAUGGGGUGAAGCUAUACAGGUGCAACGAAUGUGAGAGGGUCUGCAAUAGGCAUUCCUCCCUUAUUCAACAUCAGAAAGUUCAUACAAAGAAAAAGAAGCUCUUUGAAUGUAAGGAAUGUGGGAAGAUGUUUUCUGGAACUGCAAACCUUAAAAUACAUCAGAAUAUUCAUUCUGAAGAAAAACCGUUCAAAUGCAAUAAAUGUAAUAAAGUUUUUGGCCGCCAAUCAUUUCUUACGGAACAUCAGAGAAUUCAUACUGGAGAAAAACCCUAUCAGUGUGAGGAAUGUGGGAAAGCCUUCAGUCAUCGAAUAUCUCUUACCCGACAUAAGAGAAUUCAUACUGAAGAUAGACCGUACGAAUGUGAUCAGUGUGGGAAGACCUUUAGCCAGAGUGCACACCUUGCCCAGCAUGAAAGAAUUCACACUGGAGAGAAGCCAUACACAUGCAAGAUAUGUGGGAAGGCCUUCAGUCAGCGCAUAUCCCUUAUUCUACAUGAAAGAAGUCACACUGGAGAGAAACCCUAUGAAUGUAGUGAAUGUGGGAAGGCCUUCAGCAGUGGCUCAGACCUUAUUCGACAUCAGAGAAGUCACUCUUCAGAGAAACCUUAUGAGUGUAGUAAAUGUGGAAAGGCAUAUAGUCGGAGCUCAUCUUUGAUUCGACAUCAGAAUACACAUUGUGAAGGAAAAACCUAAGGCUUUUUUAUUUUUAAAUCUGUAAAGCCAAAAAUAGAAACAAAUGUGGAAAUAUGUACAGAUGGUCUUUGAAUUAUGUCCCGGUAACUUCAUUGUGAGGUGAUUAUACUUAUGUUGCAAAUGUGCAUCUCCUAACCUGCUGCACAUCAGCUUAGCAGCAUGGAACACUGGAUAUCAUGUUUACCCCCAUGAUCACCUGGGUGACAGAGACCUGCAGCUUGUCACUACAGCCCAGCAUCGGGAGAGAACAUUGUACCGCAUGUUGCUAGCCCAGGAAAAGAUUAAAUUGGAAGAAUAAUUUCUACUGAAAAGUAUCACUCUUCUACUAUUGUAAAUUUAAACAAUCACCAGUUGAAACAUCCUAAGUCAAGGACUGUCUGUACUUGUCCAUAAUAUAAAUUUUAUAUAUAGGACUAAUUGAUGUUGUAUCCCACUUUGAUAGCCAAAGAACAAAAAUCAUUGGUUGCUUUGACCUGAGGAUUUAAAAUCAAAUGAGGCAAGCUUAGAAGAUUAGAUCAGUCUUUGUGAAUGAAAACUUCUCAUUUGAUAAGAAUUACUGAUAUUUUAUUUUCAAUGUAGUUUUAAAGAUAUUUCAUUAGCCAGAGCCAACAAAGUGGAAUUGUGAAGUCCCUUUUUUGUCAGUGGGGCUUUGAGCCUCAUGUAGGGUCACAGGGAAGAGUUUGUCUAUUCCUCAGGACUAGAACUAUCAAAUUUAUGGAGCUUCUUGGGAAAACAAGUGCCCCUUUCACUUGACAGAAAUUUGUGGGUGAGGAUAAAGAGUGAUUCUUUAGGUGGGUAAAUAUAGCUCUCACAGUGGUGUGGAGCAAUGGAGACAUCACUGUACUGUCUCCUUGGACAUGAGGACAUAUGCUAUUCAUGGUGUGAACACCUAACAAGGCCAACAUAGGUUAACAGGAAAAUAACCAGGAUGUACUGAAGAAUGACAAAGAUUAGAGCAGGGAGAAAUUAUUUAUUUUGCAUUUGAAAAUAAAUUGUCUAUAUUUAUAUGAAUACACCUUGAUAUUUUCGUGUAAUAAUGAUGUUGUGCAAUAAGUAAUUGGUGGAAUAUGUGGCAUUAUGGACUCCAUGUUUGUUCCACUCCACAGUUUAUACGCUCAAGUCCUCCCCUGCAAUGUGAUGACGGUAUUUGGAUAUAGGGCUUUUGGGAGACAGGGUUAGAUGAGGUCAUGGGCAUGGGAUCUUCAUGAUGGUUAAGAAGUGCCUUUUUAAGGAGAGACACCAAGAUGCCUGCUGUCUUUCUGCACUGUGUGAGAACACAAUGAGAAGGCAGCCAUCUUCAUACCAGAAAGAGGGCUCUCAAAAGGAUCUGCCCAGGUUGACGCCCUGAUCUUGGACUUCUAGCUUCCAGUAAGAAGUGAAAUUGUCUUGUGUAAGCCACCCAGUCUAUAGUAUUUUGUUGUGGUUGCUUGAGCUACCAUAUUGAGAAAACUCUAGAUUUAUAUACUGGGCAUUUUCCUAAUCAGCUGUUCACUCUAUGUAGUAGCUUUCAGUCCCUCUUUGCGGCUUGUGUACAAUAUGUGAGAAAUAAAAAUCAGAGUUCUUUUUAAAACU